CCUCGCUCUGCCCUCGACGUCCACCGUGCUGCGAAGUUGUCAGUAGGCGGAGCCUCAGCUGCCCACCAUGGCGACGAAUAUGAGGGGUCUCACUCAGUUCAUUGCGGACAUUCGCGGCGCGCGUGUCCGCGAACUGGAGGAGAAACGCAUCAACAAGGAGAUGGCCAACAUCCGGAAGAAGUUCAAAGACGGCAACUUGGAUGGGUACCAGAAGAAGAAAUAUGUUGCCAAGAUCAUCUUCACGUACAUCCUGGGUUACAAGGUCGACGUGGGACAUAUGGAGGCGGUCAACCUCAUCUCGAGCUCCAAGUACAGCGAGAAGCAGAUCGGCUACCUGGCUGUCACCUUGCUCAUGCACGAGAAUUCGGACUUCCUCCGCCUUGUUGUUAACUCCAUCCGAAAAGACCUCGAUUCCAACAACGAAGUCGACAAUUGCUUAGCACUUCACGCGAUCGCCAACGUCGGAGGAAGCGAGAUGGCGGAAGCGCUGGUUGAGGAUGUGCACCGCCUACUGAUAUCCCCAACCUCGCCACCCUUUGUAAAGAAGAAGGCCGCUCUGACGCUACUACGAUUAUAUCGCAAACACCCAGACGUCGUACCCGUGGCAGAAUGGGCCCUGCGAAUAGUGUCCAUCAUGGAUGACCCAAACUUGGGUGUCGUUGUGUCUGUGACCAGUCUUGUCAUGGCCCUUGCGCAAGAUCACCCUGAUGCACUCGCCGUUUGCUACACCAAAGCGGUGGAUCGAUUACAUCGGCUCGUGAUAGAGCACGAGUACUCAGCUGCCUAUUCGUACUAUAAAGUACCCUCCCCUUGGCUGCAGGUGAAGCUUCUUCGUCUGCUACAGUAUUAUCCACCUUCAGAGGACCCAGCUAUCCAAAGUGUGCUGCACAAAGUCCUGGAAACGAUCAUGAACAACAGCGGCGAACCAACAAGAAACGUGCAACACAACAAUGCUCAGCAUGCUGUCCUCUUCGAGGCCAUCUCUCUUGCUAUCCACCUCGAUACGCGUUCUCCCCUCGUCAGCAUCUCCGCUCACCUACUUGCUCGCUUCAUCUCAUCCAAGGAGACCAAUGUUCGAUACCUUGGACUCGACUCCAUGGCUCAUCUGGCCGCGCGCGCCGAAUCUCUCGAUCCAAUAAAGAAGCACCAGCGAACGAUCAUUAUGUCGUUGCGUGACAAGGAUAUUUCAGUUCGGCGACGCGCCCUCGAUUUGCUGUACAGCAUGUGCGACGUCGACAACUCGGAUGUCAUCGUCGGCGAACUACUGCGAUAUCUCCGGGUUGCAGACUACGCGCUUCGUGAAGAGAUGGUGCUCAAGAUCGCUAUUCUUACGGAGAAGUACGCCAACUCGUAUAAGUGGUAUGUCGACACCAUCCUGCAGUUGAUCAGCACUGCCGGCGACCACGUCGGAGACGAGGUCUGGUAUCGUGUCGUGCAAAUUGUCACCAACACCGAGGACCUGCAAUCUUACGCCGCCAAAGUUGUCUUCGAGCAUCUCAAGGCGCCCUCAACCCACGAGAGUUUGGUCAAGGUCGGAGGCUACAUACUUGGCGAAUAUGGACAUCUCAUUGCCAACGAGGAGGGAUACAGCCCGGUCGAUCAGUUCCAGCUACUGCACAUGAAGUCACAAUUCUGCAUGGCGCCAACCCGGUCGCUGCUGCUGUCGACAUACAUCAAGUGGGUAAAUGUCUUCCCGGAGAUCAAGCCCCAGCUCGUCACUAUAUUCGAGCGCUAUCGGCACGUACUGGACUCUGAGUUGCAGCAGCGGGCGUGCGAAUACUUCGCGCUCGCGCAGCGGCCAGAGGAGGACGAGAUACUGCAGAAUGUGUGCGAGGAGAUGCCCCCCUUCCCACCUCGUGUCAGCGCGUUGUUCGGCCGCUUGAACAAGAAGCUCAACGCGACCGAGGACAAGCGGACAUGGGUACACGGUGGACGGGAGCUCAACCUCGAUCGCGAGGCGGCGGAGAAGAAGGAGAAGGAGACCAACGGCCAGCUACAGCAGGACGUGCAGGACGUGCUGGGCUCGCUCGCUGGCCUCGACCUCACCUCACCGCAUGCGAAGCGGGAGGGUCCGCAAGAAGGCAAGCCAGUGCUCACCGUCGGCCCCGCCAUCGAGCGCUGGUUCGAGAAGCUCACGUACUCUGGCGAGGGCGUCCUCUACGAGGACAUCCAAAUCCAGAUCGGCAUCAAGAGCCGCUUCCAGGGCCACGUCGGCCAGCUCGCGGUGUACAUGGGCAACAAGGUCACUGCGCCGCUCACCUCCUUCACGACGACUGUGCACGUCGCCGACCCGAGCGCGCUCUCCGUCACAUUCGCGAAGAUCCCGCCGAGCACGAUCGCGCCGAAGACGCAGGUGCAGCAGCUCCUGCACAUCGAGUGCAAGAAGAUGUUCGCGGAGCCGCCGAUCCUGCAGGUGUCGUUCCUCGCCGGGUCGAUGCAGUCCAUCGCGAUCCGCUUGCCCAUCGUCAUUAGCAAGUUCCUUGAGCCGGUCACGCUCGGUCAGGCCGACUUCUUUGAGCGGUGGAAGCUCAUCGGCGGUCCGCCGCGGGAGGCGCAGCAGGUGUUCCCCAUCGACCUGACAGCUGGAGGGCAGUUGGACUUGGCGAAGAACCGGAUGGUGGUCGGAGGGAACCACUUCCAGCUGCUAGACGAGAUCGACCCCAACAAGAACAACCUCGUCGGCGCUGCAGUCCUUCACACCGCAGAGGAGGGCAAGGUCGGCUGUCUCCUUCGCUUGGAACCGAAUCGCGAUGCCAAGUUGUGUCGCUUGACGAUCCGCAGUACAUCGGAGGAGGCAGCGAAGGAGCUGCAAGCGCUGGUCUCGAAACCGCUCAAGGCUGGCGCUCCCGCGGCUUGAUCA